AAAAGCACACACGUGAUAAAGGAGGAGAACGAAAAAGCUUAUUGGCGUGUUGAUACACAGCUGAUAAGGAGACAAAAGCCUGCUUAAAAAAAACCCAAACAGUUGAGUUUUAGUCAAAGUCAGAAGCAGCAUCUGGUCUCUUUUCUCUCCCAACGUCAAGAAGUUUGCAACGAUGCUGAAGAUAUUUGCAAUUCUAGCCAUCCUUACAGGCCACGUCAGCGGUGUGGUGGUGACCGUCCCUGAGAAGAUAGUGAAUGUCGCCACAGGUGGAAACGCAACCCUCCUCUGUACAUACACCAGUUCUGGAGCGCUGGGAAAUUUCUUUAUUCAGUGGAGCUUUUACAGUGCCAAAGAGAGCCAGCUGCAUACCAGUUCCCUGUGUCACGAUAUUCUGAGUAUGGAUGAAAAGUCAGUCAGUCAUUGUCAAAAGAUGGUGUAUGUGACAGAUGCACGGGGAAGAUGUAGCUGGAGAUACAAGAUCUAUUAUUAUUCAGAAGGCCAAUCUUACUCCUAUGGAGAGUUUAAGAACAGGAUAACAGCUGCAACAAGUCCAGGGAACGCAUCAAUAACAAUCUCCAACAUGCAGCCCUCAGACACCGGCUCCUACACCUGUGAAGUUUUCAGCCCACAGGGUGACGCGGGACAGAGUCAAAAAUCUGUGAUUGUCAAUGUGCUCGUCAAACCGUCAAAACCUUUCUGCAAAAUAGAAGGAACACCUGAAAGAGGCCACCUAAUCUACCUCUUAUGCAACUGUGAAGAAGGAUUGCCUCGCCCUACCUACCGCUGGUACAAAAUAGACGACAAUGCCCUCAAGCCUGUGACCGAACAAUUUAACCCAAGCACUGGCAUUCUUUACAUUGGCAAUCUCACCACCUUUGAAACUGGGUACUACCGAUGCGUAGCCAGCAACAGCCUGGGGAACAGUACCUGUGAGCUUGACCUAAGUGCAAAAUAUUCAGACAGUGGUGUUGUUGCUGGAGCAUUAAUUGGAGCAAUUCUGGUAGCUGCCAUCAUUUGUGUUGUUGUCUGGGUCUUAACCAAGAAGGCGAAGAAGAGGAAGUCAUCAAGUAAUGAGAUGCAAGAAAUGGCUCCAAAACAGCCCAAUGCGGAAUAUGUUCAGGUACCUAAUGAAGAAAACAUUCCUGCAACCACAGUUCCAUCCAGCAAUGCAACAAACGAAUACCCGAGUGCUGAUGAAACAGCAGCCUCUGGAACACCUGGAAAUGAUGAGAAGCAAGAAGCUGAAAAAGAAGAAGUAGCCUAGAGUUUUAAUACAGCUUCGGACCCCUUUAUACAAAAAUUGUUGGCAUUGAAUUAAUAUAGAAACGUGACUAAAAUGGGCAUUUGUAAUGUGAAUGACUGGACUGGAGACUGAAAAGAGUCUGUUACACAUGCACUUUGUGAAUAGCACCAGAUUUAGCCUUUAAAGUUAACCAAAUUUCAUUUAUUAUCUAGUGGUAAUUAUGCAUAAAUAUAAAAAUACUAUCAUCCACAUUUAUCCAACCUACUUUGCAAAACUAGUCAGGAAAUGGGCUGAAGCAUUUGACAAAUCUAGAUCACUACCAGUCAACUACCACUAAUGCCAUGUGUAUCUGUACAGUCUGAACCACAGCAGUCUUCUCCAGAACGUGUUGGCCAACCUCAUGUUUCCUGUGCACCAAGAACAAUCAUCAUGGCAAAUACACACCAGUGUUUAAAGGAUCUGAUUUUGCACGUCAAAAGUAAAAAGAAGUUUCAUCAAUGUCAUCAGAGUGCAGAAACAGAUGUUAAGACCUAGACCAAUGAAAUCUUGUGUGUCUGAAUUGCACUUAAAGCUAAAAAAAAAGUCCUGGAAACUUUCACUCUGUUGCUGCAUGCCAUGGAAUACAUUUUGUUAACAGUG